GUUAGGCAAAGUGUUUGUUUUGUAAAACAAGCAUCAGUUCCAGUGAGACCUGUGGAUUAUAAAACGUUCUUAAUUUCAUUAAUUGGUAUUAUUGUUGCGUUGGCAACACUCUACGACUUGUCUAUUUCAUAUUUUAGUUGUAAUGAAUAUUUGAAGAAUGCUAAUCAAAAUGCGAUUUCAACGCAACUUUUAAUGGCAUUUUCUGUAAUUCGAAAUACUAAAGAUAUAUUAGACGUGGCAAAUACGCAAAAAUCUGGUCAAAUAGGCCCGCUACACUUCAUGCGUUUUAUCAGUAUGAUUUGGGUGGUAGUUGGGCAUUCUUCGCUCCUUUUUAUGAUUCUGUCUCCAAAUAUCUUAGACAGCAAGGAGGCACUCAAAGAUUUAGGAGCACAACUGCUCACAAAUGCGUUUUUCGCUGUGGAUACAUUCUUCUUCAUGUCAGGAUUACUUCUAGCAUUUUUGUGGUUUAAAGAAUACCGUACAAACAAAAUUAAAUUAAGUUCUACUACAAGUUGGCUUACAUUUUACCUACAUUGCAUAAUACGGCUUUCUCCACCUUACUAUAUAACAAUAGCGUUCUACACAUUUAUAUUCAAGAUUUUACUUGUUAAUAUGCCAGUUUUGCUGUUAUCAGCAAAUGAUUAUUGCGAGGAAAUUUGGUGGACUACUUAUUGCCCCAAAACAACACUAAUUUUACAUAUUUUUAUAUGUCAUAUCGUAAUUUUUCAGUGUUACACACUAUCAUGUUAUUUAGCGGUUAAUUUUCAAUUUUAUUUAUUUGCACAAAUUUGCUCGAAACCACUGAAACCGAUUCUUGGAUUUUGUAUAGCAGGACUUCUACUUUUUUCUACACAAUUUAAAUUUGCAACUGCAUAUAAAGAAUAUUUUCCACCUAGUGAUUUCAGUGGUGUCAUGGAUCCAAGAAUGGGUCCAGCAAGCCGAUAUCGGUUAUUAAUUUAUGACGCACCUUGGAUUAGAUGUCAAGUGUAUAUUGUAGGUAUUCUUGUUGGAUAUUUAUUGCAGACAAAAAAAACUCUUCGAAUACCAAAGACUACUGCUUUGACCUCCUUAGAAAAAAUGCAUAUCCGAUAAGU